GGUUCGCAAGGGCAUAUUCAUUUAUUUAUCAUCUUCAUCCCAUCCAUCGCUUGUCUCUCGAUCUUCCAAAUUGAUGCCAGAAAAGAUUGCAAAUUCCCCUUCCCAUUUCCACCUCGACUCAAACUGAUAAAUCUCCAUGAACGAAUUUCAUCCAAUUGACGACCUUCGUUGAUUUCGUCUUUCUUUUGAUCUUUCAUAUGACGAGUCAAUCCACUUGGAGAAAUAACUUCUUUCCCGAUGAAGUCGUUGUUCAGAUACUCGCGCGAUUACCCGUCAAAGCCCUUUUCAGAUGUAAAUCCGUCAGCAAAAGAUGGUAUGAACUAACCUCCGAUAAAUUUUUCUUCCGAUUAUACAAUGAAGUUUCAGCUAAGAAUCCCAUGUUGUUGGUAGAAAUUUCUGAUUCAUGCGAAUCCAAAUCAAGCUUUGUUUACGUUGAUAGAUUGAAAGGUGUAUCUGAAUUUUCCUUGGAUUUUAUCAAAGACAGAGUUAAGGUUAGAGCUUCCUGUAAUGGCCUUUUGUGUUGUUCUAGUGUUCCAAACAAAGGUGUUUAUUAUGUCUGCAAUCCUAUGACUAGACAAUAUAAGCUUCUACCAAAGAGCAGGGAAAGACCCUGUUCUCGUUUUCAUCCAGAUGGGGAAGCCACUCUUGUUGGCUUGGCUUGUGAUUUGUCUUUGGAAAAGUUUAACGUUGUUUUGGCAGGUUAUCAUCGAUCUUUUGGCCAAAGGCCGGGAAAGACAUUCACAUGUUACAUAUUUGAUUCUGAAUCAACCAAAUGGAGGAAAUUUGUGUCAAUACAAGAUGAUUAUUAUUUCACUCAUAUGAACAGAAAUCAAGUUGUGUAUGUUAAUGGUUCGCUUCAUUGGUUGACUGGAAGUUACAGUUAUAUACUUUCUCUGGAUCUGAAAUCCGAUACAUGGAGGAACAUAUCAUUGCCAGAUGAGGUGUGUCGUGGUAAUGGGUAUAGAGUUUAUCUGCUAGAAUCAAACGGGUUUUUGUCACUGUUUCAGAUAUCCGAUGCUUGGAUGAUUAUAUGGGUAUUGAAAGACUACGAGAGGGAAGAAUGGGAAGUGGUGGAUAGAGCCAGUCUUCGAUGUAUAAAGGGAAUGGUUCCUAGUAUCUUCCCGAUCUGUCAUACAAAUCAAUGUGUGUUUCUUGCUACCCAUAAGCAUGUUUUGGUUUAUCAGCCGGAUGGUAGAGUUUGGAAAGAAAUGUACUCGUUGAAGAAUGGAGCGACACUUCCUUUGUGGUUUUCUUCGUAUCCAUUCCGAACCACAAUAUUCCCUUGUCAUUAAAAGAAGACUCUAGUUUUCUUAAAUACUUUUGUGUAAAUACAUGCCUGUCAUGCUCUAUUGAUGUUAGAUCAGUAGUUCUGUUAAUUGGUAUGAAGAAGUUUGUAUUUGGUUCCAACUUUGGAAGAAGAAUCUAUUACCUUUCAGCUAUCUUACUUUGAUCGAUAUUAGGGUUUCGAAUCAUAAUUGGUAGACAAUGCUGGAAUUGUUAUCAAAAAGCUUUCGCUGUUUGCAGUUUGUUUGUAUAGGAUUGUGAUGGAUAGCAUCCACUCAAUGUGUUAUCCUUUAAGGAUAUAUUUUGUCCUUUCAUGUUC